UGUAGGGAAGACUUCGAGAUUCCUCAGGGCGACACCGCCACCGGUUAAAACUAUGGCUUACUUUAACAAAAGUUGAUUUUUGUCGCGGAAAAGUCGGUUUGUUGCCGUUUCGAUUUCCAAAAAAGAAAAACAACUUUAUUUCUUCAGAGUCUUCCCAUCUCUGGAUGCGAACGCGAUGUCUUUUAAUCCGGAUACGCCGAUAAACAUUGGGAAUAGCGGAGAAGAACUUUUAGCUCUUUACUGCACAACUGGGGUGUUUCAGAGAUGAAUUUCGGUAUCCCAGCGAACGCUCUUCUGUUUCGUGCUUGCGAUGAGGGAGACUAUGAGAGUGCCAAGCGGAUUCUUGAGCCUGGGGCGAACGAGUCAGGGACGCAGUGCCGAAGUCUGCGUUUGGAUGCGGGGUCCGAGUGCGGUGUCGAAACCUCCCGGGGAGUCUCCCUCGGUCCCGUGGACUGCACCGACGAGGAGGGGAACACGGCGCUUCAGUUCUCGGCUGACAGUGGACACGAGAAUCUGGUCCGGUUCUUACUCAGGAAGGGGGCUUCGGUGGACAGCCGAAAUAACUACGGAUGGACGCCACUCAUGCAAGCUGCGAGGUUUGGGCACCUCACGGUGGCCCACAUCCUCCUGGAGAACAAGGCAGACUUCAACGCCCGCAACCGCAUGGGCGCCAGCGUGCUCAGCAUGGCGGGCCGCGGCGGGCACGCGCACGUGGCCAAGCUGCUGCUGGAGUCGGGUGCCUUCGUGGACGACUACGACCACCUGGCCAUGGUCGAGGCCCCCGGCCUGGACAGCGGCAGUGGCAGCGGCGGCUCCGCCGGCAGUGGCUGUUCCGGUGGAGGUGAAGGGGUGCAAUCCGCUCACCCGCCACCACCAUCGUCUUCCAGCGAUGAGGAGGAAGGAGGCCGGGAGUUCCUGGAGGUGACCCCACUCCUGGUGGCCUGCCAGCUGGGCCACGAGACCAUGGCGCGCCUGCUGCUGGAGUGGGGCGCUGACGCCAACUCCUACCAGAAGAGCACCGGGUGGAGCGCCUUGAUGCUGGCCACAGCCGCGGGCAAGGUGGGCGUCGCCCAGCAGCUGGUGGAGAGGGGGGCGGACCCCGACCACCUGAACGCCCUGGCCAAGACCGCCUUCGAGCUGGCCCUGCAGCUCAAGCAGAAGGAGGUCAAGACCUACCUGGACUCCAUCACCACCGUCAGGCCACAGCCAGACGACGAGAAGAGGAGACCGGACAUCUUCAGAGCUCUAAAACUGGGUAAUGCGCCGCUGGUGUGUGAGAUCCUGGAGGAGGAGCCUGCGCAGGUGAACGUGGCCAAUGGGGACGGGGCGUCUCCACUGAUGCUGGCCGCCGUGAGUGGGCAGCUGGAGAUGGUGCAGCUGCUGGUGGACCACUGCGCCGACACAGACAAGCAGGACACCGUACACGGCUGGACCGCACUCAUGCAAGCCACUUACCAUGGGAACAAAGACGUGGUGAAGUACCUACUGAGUCAGGGGGCAGAUGUCAACCUCAGAGCCAAAAAUGGAUACACCGCCUUCGACCUUGUCAUGCUACUAAAUGAUCCUGACACAGAGUUGGUGAGGCUGUUGGCGUCUGUGUGUAUGAAGGUAGACAAGGAGAAGGUGAAACAGCAGCGUAAGACUCCCCUGCUACGCUCCAAAAGCCGCCAGUCAAUCACCGUGCCCCUCCCCCCAGACGACAGAGGCGGCCUCAAGUCCUGGUGGAACCGUAUGUCCAACCGCUUCCGGCACCUGAAGCUGACCCACACUCUCAGGCACGGCUUCUCCACCAAUCGCCUGGCGCCCUUUGUGGACGAGACUGAGCCCCCACUGGACAGCACCAUGAAGGCAGAGAGGAAGCAGAGCAGCACUCCCUCCACGGGCCCCAAUGGAGCAGUGGCGACACCUAGUGGACAAAUGACUCAAGACAUCAGUACCGCUUGGACCACGAAGAGCAGAGAUAGUGGUAUUGGAAGGACCAGUUCGGAAAAGGAUGACAUUCUUAUCACAACAAUGUUGAGAAAUGGUGCACCCCUGACGAAGCUGCCGAACGACAAGCUGAAGGCGGUGAUCCCUCCCUUCCUGCCGCCCUCCAACUUCGAGCCGUGGAACUCGGACCGCUCGCGCCUGCUGAAGGAGGGCAAGGCCACGGAGCCCCCGCCUCGCCUCUCCAUGCCGCAGAGGCCCAGCAAGGCCAACUUCAACAGCAGCGGAAACUCAGACAUAACGUCCAUCAGUCGAGUGGUGAGCAGCAGAUCCAUCAAGUUCCCCAGCGUUGGUAAGGGGCCCUCCUCCUCCCCGUCCAACUCUGGCAACUACAACUCCCCACACUCAUCUGGGGGCUCCAACGGGGUCGCGGGGGUCAACCGACACACCUCUGACUCACACAACCGAUCGGGGGGUAGCGGUGCAGACAGUGUUCUCUCUCAGAUCGCAGCCCACAGGAGAAGAGCAGCGGGUCUGCUGGAUGCCAAGGCCAGCACCCAGGAGACGCCGUGCCCCACCCCCAUACCCGUGCUGCCCGCCCUGCCCAGUGCCACCUUACCCGAAAUCAACCUGCCUGACAUCCACAGCACCCCACACCUCAUCAGCAGCGACCUGCACACGCGACGGAAGGUGGAUCUGAAGAAGCGUCCCCAGUCGGGCAACUCCUCCACGUCCAAGAGCACCUCUCCCACGCUGACACCCUCGCCCUCCCCCACCCCAAAGCCUCCAGGUGGGGACUCAACCUCCUCCACCUCCUCCCACCCCCGCUCCAAAAGCAGCGGAGGAUCCAGCAGCGGGACCAUCACAGACGAGGAUGAGCUGACAGGCAUCCUGAAGAAGCUGUCCUUGGAGAAAUAUCAGCCCAUAUUUGAGGAACAAGAGGUGGACAUGGAGGCCUUUCUCACCCUGACGGAUGGGGACCUGAAGGAGCUGGGCAUCAAGACAGACGGGCCUCGCCAGCAGAUCCUGGCUGCCAUCUCGGAACUCAACGCUGGCAAGGGAAGAGAGAGGCAGAUCCUGCAGGAGACGAUCCACAACUUCCAGUCUUCAUUUGGGAGCAGUGCCAGUAACGCUCGGCCUCCUGGCUACCCUCGCUCACCAACAGGGUGGUCAAGACACCAGGUACGCACACCUAACAAGAGGUAGCAUCAGCAGGCGGACCAAGAUGGAGUUUCUUCCCUAUCAGGAUGCCUUGUACGUCAUGUGACCCUACUCCUAGGGUCUGAUUGGUGAAUGAGGUCUUCCUGGACGCCAGGGUCCCAGAGCACCGAAGUGUGUGUGAGGAUGCUGCAGCUCAAGAGUUUAUCGGGCCACUCAAUCAAGCCAGUCUCGUCAGCAACAGGGGAGGGCAGAAAUUUGGACUAGGGGUGGCAUUACACAUAGUAACACCAACACCCCAUUUCUGGUUCACAGUUACCCCCUACACUGCAAGAGCAUCUGAAGAUGUAUGGUGAAUUCUAGAGUUCUAGAGAGUUCUAGAAUUCUAGAGUAAGGGCGAAGAAUUUGUCUGUCUUUACAUAAAAUAGACACCAGGUGGCAGUGGAGGGCAUGCCAAAAAAAAGUCAACUGAGGAGACUGAAAAGGUCAUUUUAGGUUUUCUGCUGCUUGAGUGUCAUAUGGCCGGUGCCAUGUUGUGCAGAAAGUCUCAGACGGACACACAGGGAAACCACAGAUGAAGGGAUGUGGAGGAGAGGUUUGAAGAAUUUUUAGAGGACAGGAAAAUGGGAAGCGAAUGUCAAAAAGGGACCUCGACUUGUGUUAUUAUUGUAUUUUGUAAUAGAUGUAUUAAAACAUGUAUAAUAUGUUUAAAUAGAAUUUGCUUAAUGUAUCAAAUGUCAAAAAGAUUCUGUUGGUAAAUAACAAAACAUGAUAUUUUCAGAUUUAAGUAUUUCUAAUUCUUGA